GACUAUGUUGUCUUUCUUAUUGUAAAAAAUUUGCCCCAGACCUUUCUCUUUGAAAACAAGCGUAAGAAAGGGAUGAUCGGGCCCUCACUCACUCACGCUCAGAUUUCGUAGCCUUCCUUGCCUGGACAGUGGAUGCCAGAGUGAGCAGAGUAGGGAGUGAGCCUUUGGUGUCAGAUGGCCUAGGUGUGAAGACCGUGAGACCUUCGGGCAAACCACUUCCUCUGGCUCAGCCUCAUUUUCUCACGCAUGAGUUGGGCUAAUCAUGCUUUUCCAGGUAUUUGCAGUUCAACAAGAUAAUGCCAUUGCACCGCAGCCGCCCAGCGUGCCCUGUGCCCUGCUGGAGCCCCACUCCACCAAGGGCCUCCUCUCUCUGACGACGGUGCUGGGCCCCUGCUUCGGCUGCAGAAAUUCUCUCCCGAACGUAUACCCCAAGCUUUAAGUGCACUCACUCAUUUCAUCCUCAUUACAACCUUAUAGGGGGAAAUGAGGUACAGAGAGGGUCAGUAAUUUGUCCAAGGACACAAAGCCAGCAAGUAAUGGAACCACGAUGCAAUCGUAGGUCAUCUGACUCAGAGCCUAGCCCUUGGCCGUGAUGCUGUAGGAGCUGUAGUAACUCCAGUCCUCACAGCUCUUCAGGUGCUCGGCAGAGGAACCUGGGCGAGUUUCCUGGAGGGCAUGUGAAUGACACUAGGCUGUUGGCCAUCCCUCCCUUCCAUUCAUGAACCGAUGAUAUUGUGGCACAGGGGGCUCUGAAAUGCCCUUUGAGUCUUUCACCUGCCCACUGACGUCCCAGCCUUCUGAAAGGUGGGGCGCCCUUCAUCUCUCUGCUCAAGAGCCCUAAUCCUGAGACGUACAGACUCCCCUGCUUCUCCCAGAAGACCCCUAGGCCUUGGUUCAAACCUUCCCUAGUGUUCCAGAUUUCCCAGAAGGUACAGUAGGUUUGACCACCAUUUAUUAACAUUCUCUGUAGACAGUUUUCAUGGCCUCACGCAGCUUAACUACAACGAGGACGUGUAAAGUGUUAACACCUACGUUGAAGGUCUUCGGGCCCAGUGUAACAAUCAGGGCCGCACCUUACAAUCACCCGAGGAGAAUUUAAGCCAGAUUGAUGCCGUGUCCCCAGCCCAGCCCAGACCAAUUACAUUAGAACAUCUAGGAGUGAGGCCCGCGUGAUGUUACAUCACAGCCAGUUGAGGGAGCAGGCUUUAUGUCUUUGGCUUCUCAUCUCUUGGCCAUGUCUCUGGCCCCUUUCUCCAUGCCAGUCCAGCCCCGCUCCAGAAGGCUUGGCUGGUCGAGGACAAGGCUGGCGUCCUCCGGCUGGGAGUGACCUGCUUCUCCCCCAGCCCUCGCCCGCAGCUGCACAGGAGCUAACUUUAAAAGGAAGCGAGCGGUUUAGAAGUGAAAAGGCCCAUCACUUAUUUAACCCGCAGCUAAAUUUAGGCCUGGAGUUGAGGUGGGUCCCUGUGUCUGUUCCGUUUCCCCCUCACCUUGAAUACUGGGUCCUAUCUUUUUGGAAGGAAAACUCAUUACCAUCAAUGUAGCAGGAGAGCAUUCAAACGCAGUUUUGCCCUAUUCUUUGGAGAGAGGCUGUCUUUUUCUUCAGUUCACUGUACACGCAGCCGCUCUCUCAUUUAUCCCCUACGGCUGGGGAUUUAGUAGCUCUUCUUUUUAUUUGUUUGUUUAUUUAUUUAUUUAUGGCUGCAUUGGGUCUUUUUUUUUUUAGUUUAUUUUUGGCUGCAUUGGGUCUUGGUUGCUGCAUGCAGGCUUUCUCUAGUUGUGUCGAGCAGGGGCUGCUCUUUGUUGCGGUGCACAGGCUUCUCAUUGCGCUGGCUUCUCUCGUUGCGGAGCAUGGGCUCUAGGUGUGCGGGCUUCAGUAGUUGUGGCUCGUGGGCUCAGUAGUUGUGGCUCGCGGGCUCAGUGGUUGUGGCUCGCGGGCUCUGGAGUUCAGGCUCAGUAGCUGUAGUGCACGGGCUUAGUUGCUCCGCGGCAUGUGGGAUCUUCCCGGACCAGGGCUCAAACCCGUGUCCCCUGCACUGGCAGGCGGAUUCUUAACCACUGCGCCAGCAGGGAAGCCCGGUAUCUCUUCUUAAUAACUCCAAACUCAUAAACUGAAGAUGGCUUCGAAAACGGGAGAAUAGGAAAAUAGAGUACUGGGCACUCACGGGCUUAAGAGGAAGAAAAGGAGGCUUCCUGUUUGAGGAUCCAUCCUUGGGAUUUUCUCUUCACCGCCAGAGGGAGCCAUGAGAAGCGGGGCUUGGUUUCCUGUUGUUCUAAUGAAUCCAGAGUCCUGACUCAGAGACUCACGCUGCAAACUUGGAGAACAACCGCUCACAGCUGAGAGCUGGGGAAUGAGGCGCAUCAGACCGUUAGGAGUGAAAUGAAGAACAGCUCGGAUUCUGAUGCUGGGGGUAAAUUCCUGGAGGUGGGGUCUCCUCCCCAGUGGUUGUCGGAGUUCUGGACGGGUGCCUCGGGCUCCAGAAGCGGGUUUCAGAAACCAAAGCCCUGGACAAAGGUCAGGGGGUGAGAGAAGCUGAAGGGUGUGAGAUUCACCAGCCCUGGCGGGGGCCUGGGGGUGGGGAGAUCCUGAUGUGUAACUAACCAAGCCCGGGAGGUGGGUUUCGCUCUCCGGCAGGGACCCCUCAGCCCAGCUAAUGGAACUGUUGUCUGGGCCAGCAGCCUGCUCGUUGCCGAGGCAGCGAGGUUUAUGAGAACGCGCUAGAUGGGGUCAGGGAUCUGGGUUUGAGAGCCUUCCUUGGCUAAUUUGUGACCCUGGCAGCGUCAUUCCUUGGCUUUGUCUGUAUCUGUUUCCUGUCUACACCUCUCCACUGCUGUGAGGCUCAGAUUCGUUGGGGAGCUCUUCCUCCGGGGCCUGGGGGCUGGGGAGGGGCGUCAGGAUGAGGCGCCUGGCUGGAGCCUGUGAAAGCUGUGCAGGUCCAUCUCUAGACGGGUGCGUCUGCACAGGUGCGGCCAGGGAGCAGCCUCUGAGGGCCGCAGGUGCGAUCCCUAAUCCCCCUCUGGUGCUCGCUUCGGCACUUGAAUAGUCAAGGGCUCCCCACUGCACCUGAGUUGGGCUGAGGAUUUAAAUGGGCGUUCGACUGCCUGAGGAUGGCGGCCCCGGUUCCUGCCCCUUCACGUUGCCCCUCCUGUGGCAGAGCUGCAGGCCAGUGGCUGAAUGGCCCAGGCUCAGGAGCCAAAGCCACCCUGUUCCUGGGAAAGAAGUGCUACCCAAACCCUGCCCGUUUCUCUCUCAGGAAAGAGACUGACUUUCUUAUCUGGAUGCUUGAAGUUCACGUCAACACCACCAGCCACAUCUCAGUGUUCUCCACGCCGUGCCUCCGUCCUUCAUCUCCCUGUGUCCAAGUUAGUCCUAUUUACAACUUACUUCUUCCCAGGAGAUGGGAGAAGGCCUCCUCCUGUCAUUUGGUCGAUUUGCUUGUAACCCAUUUUUUGAGAACAAUUUUAUUGGAGUGUAGUAGAUUUACAAUGUUGUGUUAGUUUCAGGUGUACAGCAAAGUGAAUCAGUUAUACAUAUAGGCACUCUUUUUUUUUUUUAGAUUCUUUUCCCACACAGGCCAUUACAGAGUAUUGAGUAGAGUUCCCUGUGCUACACAGCAGGCUCUUAUUAGUUAUCUAUUUUAUAUACAGUAGUGUGUAUAUGUCAAUCCCAAUGUCACAAUUUAUCCCCCCAUCCCCUGGUUUGUAGCCCAUUUCUAACAACUCCUUUGUUUUAAAUGAAAGAAGACGUUUUGCACUUCACUAGUACUAGCAAUAAAAAUAAUAGAAGGUACUAUUUAUUGAGCACUUAUAUGUGUGCAAUUUCUCUUAGAUACAUUAACAGUUAUCCACAAACCACUCCAGUGAGGAAAGUGAUAUUAUUCUCCAUUUAUAUACGAGAAGACCAACUCGGAGGGGUGAACUGACUUGCCUGAGGUCUCCCUACGAGGGAGGGUCAGGAUUUGAACUCACGUCAACCUGAUUCUAAAGCUCAACUUUUGCAUGACAUCGUACUUCCUGAGAAUUCUGGCUUUCUGUGCCCGGCUAAUAGUCUCAACAG